ACAUAGAUGACGCUGCUAUGAAAACUUAAGUUACUUAGCAAAUCGACCAGCACAUGGUUUGAAAACUUGUAUUUUGUUUUUCGUUGAUUGUGUUUCUUCAUUAUUUAAAUCGUUUUUGAUUGAUUAUUCCAUAUUUAUCAUUAAUCAUGACUUCCGAAGGAAUAAAUCCCAAAGCAUAUCCAUUAGCUGAUGACCAAUUGACUGCUAAAAUUUUGAAGCUAAUUCAACAAGCUGCAAAUUAUAAACAAAUUAAGAAAGGAGCUAAUGAGGCUACCAAAACAUUAGCAAGAAAUUUGGCCCAAUUGAUAGUUAUGGCCGCUGAUGCUGAACCAUUGGAAAUUUUAUUACACUUGCCUCUUCUAUGUGAAGAUAAAAAUGUUCCUUAUGUUUUUGUCAAAUCUAAACAUGCUCUUGGUCGUGCUUGUGGAGUAUCAAGAUCAGUUAUUGCAUGUUCGAUUAUUGCCAAUGAAGGAAGCCAAUUGACACCUCAAAUCACAUCUCUACAGAGUGAAAUUGAAAAACUCCUUAUUUAAUUAAUUUUUGAAAUUUUUUGUUCUAUUUUCCAUAUAAAAUUAAUGAAUUGGAAA